AUGUCUCUAUAUUACGAUGCGGCAACCGUGCUUACGACAACUGCCCAAGAGGGAUCUUUGAAGUCUCGAAUCUACGGGAACAAGCUGGGCCUCAGAUCCAAGCCGGCACACAUUUAUGCACUCAUUUCGGAGACUGCAAAGUACGACCAGUUCAUCAAAGAAGUCGUCGAUAAUGCCGGCUUACUGGCUCAAGAACAAAAGUUGACACCACUGCUUUCCUUGCUUCUUGUCCACGACCAUUUCUUCUCGAAGAAUGGUCUUGCAGCACCAUCUGCACAUCCUCUUCGACAAGCGAUCGAUAGAAACAAAACAAGGCUGCAAGCGGAAUUCACCAAGGCCAGGUUGCGGAGAAGAUGCACUACGUUGGACGAGCUGCGAAGAAGUCUUUUGGCGGAAAGCCCGCGAGUAUACCGCUCUCAGCCAAGGUGGGUUCGCAUCAACACCUUGAAGACUAGCCUCGCACAAGAGCUUGCUACCACAUUUGAGGGAUACCAGUCUGUUGCCACCAUUACGGAAGUGACCAAUGCCUUCGCUACGGAAAAGGUUCUGGCCAUUGAUCGGCACGUUCCAAAUCUAGUCGCUCUACCUCCGGAGGCAGACGUGACAAAAACACAAGCUUACAAAGCGGGAGAGCUCAUUCUGCAAGACAAGGCUUCGUGCUUCCCUGCAUACAUGCUCGUCGGAGAAAGGGAAAGCAGUCCUGAUAUCGGUGACUGCAUAGAUGCCUGUGCUGCGCCAGGAAAUAAGACUUCUCAUCUCGCCGCGCUGCUUGCUGAAAAUGGCAAGACAGAAAGCAAGUUGUUUGCUUGUGAGCGGGAUUCGCAUCGGUCGAAGACAUUAUUCUCUAUGAUGCAGAAGAGUGGGUCAGAGGCUGUCACGGUUCAGCCAAGUUGUGACUUUUUGACUCUCAGUCCUCGGGAUGUCAAGUACAAGAGAGUCACGCAUCUUCUCCUGGACCCGAGCUGCUCCGGCAGUGGCAUCGUUGGGCGCGAAGAUGUUCCUUCCCUAACGCUACCUGUUGAUCCAAGAUCCGAGAAGACACAUCCUAGCACCUCUCAAAAGACCUCGAGGAAAAGGAAAAGAGAGCAUGAUUCCAAUGAGGCUAUGAACAAUACAAGUGAAGCCGAAGAAACGAAAGAAGUCGCAUUGGAUAGCACUAGACUGCUGAAAUUAUCCAAUUUGCAGACAAUGAUUGUCGAACACGCUCUUUCUUUCCCUGCCGCCGUCCGAGUUACUUAUUCGACCUGUUCAAUCCACGUGGAGGAAAACGAAGCCGUCGUGUCCCGAGUGCUACAAUCUGCGGCUGCGAAGGAAGGGAGGUGGCGGCUGUUACGGAGGGAAGAACAAGCUUGUGGGAUGCGUGGAUGGGCGCAUCGCGGUAUUGCUGUGACGGACGGGGUCGCGAGCCGUCUUUCAGCUUUGAGUGAAGAGGAUCGUGAAGCAUGCAUUCGGUGCCAUCCAGGAGAUGACGAAGGGACCAUGGGAUUCUUCGUCUGCUGUUUCGUCCGUUCGCCGCUGGAAACGACACCGCAGAGCACUGGUGAGGCUGGCGAGACGCAGGACGGACAGGAGAGCUGGGAAGGCUUUAGCGACUAG